AUGUCUCGUCGUGACUCUUUUUCAACGCUUUCACCAACUUCUACAAAUGAUUUGAUUUCUGAAGAACCAAAUCGUAAUCCACAUAAAUUGAUCAAAAGAUUUACUGGGUUUUUACCACAAGAAAUUGUGGCCAUUGACAAUGCUAUUCCUUUACAAGCUAGGAAUAUCUGGAACAAAAACAAGGUUGAAAAGUUUACCACUGUUGAUGCGUUCGAAAAAAGAUUUAUCGACCAUGUGGAAACUACAUUAGCCAGAUCCAUCUACAAUUGUGAUGAUUUAGCCGCCUACCAAGCUACAUCCAACUCUGUUCGUGACAAUUUGACUUUAGAUUUGAACAAGACUCAACAAAGACAAACUGCCAGAGACCCAAAGAGAUGUUAUUAUUUGUCCUUAGAAUUUUUAAUGGGGAGAGCAUUGGAUAAUGCUUUGAUUAACUUAAAUUUAAAUGAUGACAAGGGUGAACCUUCUUCUACAGAUGGUAGAAAGUUAGUCGAAAAGGGUGUCCACGACUUGGGUUUUAAGUUGGAAGAUGUGUUGGAACAAGAACCUGAUGCUGCUUUAGGUAAUGGUGGUUUGGGUAGAUUGGCUGCUUGCUUCGUUGAUAGUAUGGCUACAGGUGAUUAUCCAUGCUGGGGUUACGGUUUGCGUUAUCAGUACGGUAUUUUUGCUCAAAAGAUUAUCAAUGGGUAUCAAGUGGAAACCCCAGACUAUUGGUUGAAUUAUUCCAACCCAUGGGAAAUUGAGAGAAGUGAAAUCCAAGUCCCUGUCAGUUUCUAUGGUUAUGUCAGCAGAAGCGACAGCGAUAGCAAGGAAGACGAUAGGACUUUAAGACCUAGUGAAUGGAUUGCCGGCGAAAGAGUUAUUGCUGUUGCUUAUGAUAUGCCAAUUCCUGGUUUCAAAUCCAACACUGUCAAUAACUUAAGAUUGUGGGGUAGCAAGCCUACUACUGAGUUUGAUUUUGCAAAAUUCAAUAGGGGUGACUAUCAAAACAGUUUGGUUGAACAACAAAGAGCUGAGAGUAUUACUGCUGUCUUGUAUCCUAAUGAUAACUUCGAACAAGGUAAGGAAUUGCGUUUGAAACAACAAUAUUUCUGGUGUUCUGCCUCUUUACAUGAUAUUAUCCGUAGAUUCAAGAAGAGUAGGAGACCUUGGUGUGAAUUCCCUGACCAAGUUGCUAUUCAACUAAAUGAUACUCAUCCUACUUUAUCCGUCGUUGAAUUGCAAAGAAUCUUGGUUGAUUUGGAACAUUUGCCUUGGGGUGAGGCUUGGGACAUUGUUACAAAGACUUUUAGUUACACUAACCAUACUGUGAUGCAAGAAGCUUUGGAAAAAUGGCCUGUUUCUCUUUUUGGUCGUUUGUUGCCACGUCAUUUGGAAAUCAUCUAUGAUAUUAAUUGGUUUUUCUUGCAAAGUGUUGAAAAGAAGUUCCCACACGACAUGGAUUUGGUUUCUAGAGUUUCUAUUAUUGAAGAAGGUAAAGAUCGUCAAAUUAGAAUGGCUUACUUAGCUAUUAUUGGUUCCCACAAGGUUAACGGUGUUGCCGAGUUGCAUUCUGAAUUGAUUAAAACCACUAUUUUCAAGGAUUUUGCCAAGAUAUAUGGUAAUGAUAAAUUUAUCAACGUUACUAAUGGUAUCACACCUAGAAGAUGGUUGAGACAAGCCAAUCCAGAAUUGUCUUCCUUGAUUAGUGAAACUUUGAAGGAUAAGGGCGAUGAGUACUUGUUGGAUAUGUCCAGAUUGACUAAAUUGUCCAAGUAUGCUGAGGAUAAGAAGUUUUUGAAGAAAUGGGAUGAUGUUAAACAAAAGAAGAAAUUACAAUUGAUUGAUUUGGUUGAGAAAUUAACUGGCCAUAAGUUGGUCAGCGAUAGAAGUAAGAUUCAUGAUGUUUUAUUUGAUAUUCAAGUGAAGAGAAUACAUGAAUAUAAGCGUCAACAAAUGAAUAUUUUCGGUUGUAUUUGGAGAUACUUGCAAAUUAAAAAGAUGUUAGGUGAAGGUAAGACUAUCGAAGAAGUCAAAGAAAUCUAUCCAGCAAAAAUUUCCUUCUUUGGUGGUAAGAGUGCUCCAGGUUAUUACAUGGCUAAGUUGAUUAUUAAGUUGAUCAAUACAGUUGCCGAUGUCAUCAACAAUGACAAGAGUUUGGAUGAUAUUUUCAAGGUUGUUUUCAUCCCUGAUUACAAUGUUUCAAAAGCCGAAAUUAUUAUUCCUGCUAGUGAUUUGAGUGAACAUAUUUCUACAGCUGGUACUGAAGCCAGUGGUACUUCCAACAUGAAGUUUGUUAUGAACGGUGGGUUGUUGAUUGGUACUGUUGAUGGUGCCAACGUAGAAAUUACCAGAGAAAUUGGCGAAGAUAAUAUCUUUUUGUUUGGUAAUUUGAGUGAAAAUGUCGAAGAAUUGAGAUUCAACCACAGAUUUAGAAAGACUUCUUUGCCAGAAAGUUUGAAUGAGGUUUUGAAAAGCUGUGUUGGCGAUGCUGUCUUUGGUAAUAAUGAUGAGUUCAGACCUUUGGUCGAUAGCAUUAAAUACCAAGGUGACUACUAUUUGGUCAGUGACGAUUUUGAAUCUUAUUUGGGUGCCCAGAAGUUGGUUGAUGAAAUUUACCAUAAUAAUAGAAAUGUGUGGUUGAAGAAGAGUAUCUUGAGUGUUGCUAAUGUCGGGUUUUUCAGUAGUGACCGUUGUAUCCAAGAAUACGCGGAAACUAUUUGGAAUAUUGAACCUGUCAAGGUUUGA